CUUAAUAUACAAUUCUCUCUUGUCCAAAUUAAGUCUUGUUCCGAUAUCAACCUAUACCAUGAAGACAAGUCCACUUUUCUGUAUGAUCUUCAUUUUCUGUUCUCUUCAGUACUUCACGGUGGUAGUACAUUCUUUAGAGUAUGAUGUUGGUGAUACUAAAGGAUGGGUUGUUCCGAAACCUAAUGCUACUAAUAUCUACAACGAAUGGGCUUCUAAAAAAAGGUUUCAAAUCGACGACUCGAUCCGUUUCAAGUAUGGGAAAGAUUCAGUAAUGGUAGUGAGUGAUACUGACUACAAAGCUUGCAACUCAACUCAACCCAUAUUUUUCUCCAACAAUGGCAACACCAUAUUCAAACUCGACCGCUCAGGUUACUUUUAUUUCAUCAGUGGAGUAUCCGGUCAUUGUGAAAGAGGACAGAAGAUGAUCAUCAAAGUCUUGGCAGUUGAUGAAGCAUCGCCUUCAGCGGAUGGCAACACACCUGGUUCUAGUGGUGCUGCUAGUAUUAGUUGUUCUUCUAUAGUUCCAAUGCUCCUUUUGGUUGUUGCAGGGACCGCUAGACUCCUCUAGAAAUUUGAUAGUAGUAUUAGUUUAGGGGUUUUAGUCAAUGCUUAAUUUAGGAAGUCUACUGUGUUCUUCUUUAUUUUUUUAUUUUUAUUUGUUAUUUGUUAUUCCCAUUCUCUUUACCAUGAAAACGGAUGUUAGGAGUUGUUUUAUUUGAUGA